CCAAGCAGGACAGUAAUACAUCUCACUUGUAAUUAAACAACUAUGUCUUCAGUUGAGUGUUUGAGAGAGUUAAUGAACGAGCGACUAACUGCUGCUGCUGAAGAAAUAUUCCGAGUUUUUCAGAAAACUAUCGUCGAGUACGAGGAAGUGAUCGAUCGUCAGAGCAGACUGCUGGAUAUCGUUUGGAAACCUGAAAUAAAGUUACAGAGAAUAGAACUUUUACAGCAGAAUGUCUGUAAGGAGGAGGAGGUUCUCACUGACCAGCAGCUCUGUAACCAGGAGAGGAACUCCAGUUUGGACCAAGAGGACCCAGAGCCUCCACAAAUUAAAGAGGAACAGGAGGAACUCUGCACCAGUCUGGAGGGAGAACAGCUGGUGCUGAAGCAGGAGACUGAAACCUUUAUGUUGACUCCAACUUGUAAGGAAAGUGACAACGGUGAAGAUCAGACGGAGGACUCUGAUGAAAUUCAGAGUGCAGCAGAGAAAGAGCAUGUUGUCAGCAUGUUAGUUAAAAGCUCAGUGGUACCAGAACCAAACAGUAUCGACCAGCUCCUCUCUCACAACUCUCAUGUAGUUCAGAGCCAAGAUCACAAAGGAGGCAAACAAGGAGACUCAGGAUCACCUGGGAAUGCAGAGAUAAAACCCAAGAAGAGACAUCAAAACACAUCAAAGAUUCACAGUUAUAUUUAUACAGGGAAAAAGUCUUUAAAAAACAAUACUUGUGGGAAAGCUUUUAAGUGCAAGUCCUAUUUGAACAAACACCCGAGAGUCCAUGCAGGUGAGAAGUCGUAUAACUGUGAAACCUGUGGAAAAGGAUUCAGUCGAAUGUCAGACUUCAAAAAGCACAUGAGAAUCCACACAGGUGAGAAGCCGUACCCAUGUAACACCUGUGAGAAAAGAUUCUCUCGGCGGGAUAUAUUACAAACACAUAUGAGAGUCCACACAGGUGAGAAGCCGUACCCAUGUAACACCUGUGAGAAAAGAUUCUCUGAGUUGGGCAACUUAAAACGACAUAUGAGAACACACACACGCAAGAAGCCAUACACAUGUAACACUUGUGAGAAAAGAUUCUCUCUGCCGGGCACCUUAAAAGCGCAUAUGAAAGGACAGGAAAGUGACAACAGUGAAGAUCAGAUGGAGGACUCUGAUGAAACUCAGAGUGCAGCAGAGAAAGAGCAUGUUGUAAGCAUGUUAGUUAAAAGCUCAGUGGUACCAGAACCAAACAGUGAUGACCAACUCCUCUCUCUCAACUCUCAUGUAGCUGAGAGCCAAGGUCACAAGGGAGGCAAAUAUGGAGACUCAGGAUCAACUGGGAAUACAGAGACAGAACCCAAGAAGAGACAUCACAGGAGAAAAAAUCCCACUAACAAUGAAGACAACUCUACCACAUCAAAGAUUCACAGUAAUAUUUAUACAGGGAAAAAGUCUUUAAAAUGCAACACUUGUGAAAAAAGAUUCACUCAGCGGAGCGCAUUGCAACUGCAUAUGAAAGUCCACACAGGGGAGAAGCUGUACCCAUGUAGUACUUGUGGGAAAGCUUUUCAGUGCAAGUCCAAUUUGAACAAAAAUCUGAGAGUCCACGCAGGUGAGAAGGUGUACCCAUGUAACACUUGCGGGAAAAUAUUCUCUCUGCCGAGCACAUUAAGAGUUCAUAUGAGAAUCCACACAGGUGAGAAGCCGUACUCAUGUAACACUUGUGAAAAAAGAUUCUCUCAACUGGGUAACUUAAAACUGCAUAUGAGAGUCCACACAGGUGAGAAGCCGUACCCAUGUAACACUUGUGAGAAAAGAUUCUCUGAGCGGGGCAAAUUAAAAGUGCAUAUGAGAAUCCACACAGGUGAGAAGCCGUACAGUUGCAAAACUUGUGGAAAAGAUUUCACACGUGGAGAUCAUUUGAAGAUCCACAUGAGAACACACAGUAGGAAAAGAUUGUCAGAUGUCAGACUUGAAAAGACACAUUAGAAUUCUCCAGAUGAGAAGCCGUAUCAUUGGAAAACAUGAGGGAGAGCUUUGUGUUGACUUGACAAUCUACAUGAGAACCUGCUGCAACACAGAGAAGAUUCUGUCAUGUGUGAAGUGGAGAAGCAUAUAAGAUUACCACACAUGCCUGUAGCCUUGUAUGUGUGAAACAUUGCAGUUAUAAUACAAUCACAUAAUGGCAGCACAUGUUGACAAAAA